AUGGUUAUUGGACCAGGAUGGUGGCAGUCAGUAGGGAUGGCGACGCCGGGCUCGCCCCGCGCAAGCGGCGCGGGUGCGGGGACGUCAGCGCGGGCCCUUCCGAGGGCCGGCUCGGGCCGGGCCCGCCUCCCCGCGGGAUUGGAGGCCCGCGGCCCCGCCCGGCCCCAAGAGCGGGCGGGAGGUGCCUCGCGCGGCCUGGCGGCGGGGGAAACCCGGGGCCGGGCCAGCCCUCUCUCCUUCCCGGUCCUGGGCGUCGGGUGGAGCGGCACAUCUGCGCCCCACUCUCCGCCUGCCCCGCCGCGCCGCUGGAGGAGCUGCCGUCGGGGUGAGCGCCGGAGCCUCCCGGCCCGGGCGGGUCCCUGCUUCCGCGAAGUGAUGCCACCAAGAAGAAGUGAGAAAUACAAACUUCCUGUUCCACUUCCAGAAGGCAAGGUCCUGGAUGAUAUGGAAGGAAAACAAUGGAUGCUGGGCAAAAUGAUUGGCUCUGGAGGAUUUGGACUGAUAUAUUUAGGAUGGACUUCAGUUAGAUUUUUCUUUAAUGUCUCCAAUCAAGUAAUCCUUGACGAAAAUGCUUCCGUAGAAAGACAUCCAUUGAAGGCCAGAAACAUCUACAGAUGCAAUGUGAUCCCAAGCAAUGAAGCAUGUGGCCCUUCAUUGGCAUUAUAUGAUAACAGGAGGAUCUUCUGGCAGAAGAGCUGA